AUGCAUUGGCAAAUCAUAUUAGCAACAAUUUCCUGCCUGUACAUUUGCCUAUCGAAAGCCGAAAAUGAAAAUUUUUCGCUAUUCUUUGAUGAGAAUUUGGAUUUAUUAUUGCUGGAUCCUAACUGCAUGAAAAACUCAACUUCAAGUUAUAGUUGUAUUGAUAGAUGUAAUGAAACCUAUGUAAGAAGUCAAAGUUGCAAUUGCGACGUUGAUUGUGUAAAAUAUCAUGAUUGCUGUUUCGAUUAUGCUCAUUAUUGUAUUGACCAACGAAGUGAUCUAUCCUCUGUUUUGUCGUCCAAUACUUCCAAGGAGUGGUUCGAUUUAAAUUUAAGUAAAUCAAAAAAAAAAUUGCCCGUGCUUGAAUGUACUGUUAAAUCUGUUCUAAUACUCGGAUCAUGUCCUGAAAACUGGCCAAAUGAUAUUAUUCGCUCUAAAUGUGAAAAUCCAUCAAUAACAAAUUUUGAUUAUUAUUCAUCGGUGCCAGUCUAUCAACGCUCCAGUAGCAACAAUUACCGCAACUUUUAUUGCGCUAUCUGCAAUGGGGCAGAUAUCAAAUUAUUGCAAUAUUGGACAACUAAAACGAUUUGCAGUAAUGGAUCAUUAGCCCGUAAAUUGAAAUUUAUAGACUACGUUAAGCAAUAUUGUAAGCCAUUAAACAGUAUACAUGAUUACAUGCCUCCAGAUGCAUCAAAAUCACGAUAUUGCGUUGAAAGUUCACGGUGUAAUGAAAUUGAUGCCAUGAGAAUUAUCGGCGAAGAAACCUUACGGCAGAAUAUUGUUAGGAGCUGUCAAGAAGCAGCUGCGUAUGUUCACUUUAAAGGAACAAUUUAUAAAAAUCCUUAUUGUGCUCGAUGUAGCAGUUAUUCAUUUUUAGAGUGCAUGAAUACUUAUUAUCCUGCACCUUUUAUUGAACCGAGUUAUAGCGAUCAGAAUUCACCGUCAGGCUCUGUUAUCAUGUUGAUCGAUUUCUCGAAUACAGGCCGAUUUCUUUAUACUGCUCAAAAAGGUAAUAAAGUAGUUAUUUAUGCUGGCCAUUGUCAACAAGGUUACUACUAUGAUCCAUUACAAAUGCGCUGCCAAGAGGUACUUUCCUAUAACCGAUCUAAUUGGAGUGAUCGCAAUGAUAGCGAUUGUGACGGGGAUUUUCCUCAAUUUUGUAAUUAUACACAAGGUCAAAUUAUUCAUAAUUGCUCUUCAGGCAUAAGGCUCAAUUCUACGCAAUUUAUUGUUAUUAAUACAACUCAUAUCCUACGAUACAGCGAUAAUAUUACUUAUCCUAUUCGAUCAAUUCAUCGAUCAUAUCUAACAAAUAAUGAAACUGUCAUCUAUAUCUGUUAUAAUCCUCUGCAAACUGAUAUUCUUCGCAAGACUAUUUUUGAAAUAAUAUCCUAUAGCGGUUUUGCACUGUCUAUUGGAGCAUUCUUUUUUAUCGUUAUGACAUACUGUUUGUUCUCUGAAUUACGCACACAUCCAGUGGUAACGAUUUACAGAACUAGGCAUAAGGCCAAAAAAAUUGGGAAGAAGCAUGGAAUUGGUAUUUCUGAUUGUCGAUUAUACCUGUCCAUGAUAACUGUAGUCGGAGUGACGUGGUUAAUUGGCAUACUAGCUAAUAUUAAAGCAAUGGCUUUAAUGUGGUAUCCCUAUCUGAUUCUGAACAAUCUUCAAGGCAUUUUCAUGAUUUUUGCUUUUAUAUUGAAUCCGCGUAAAAGGGUUGCUUGCGCUGACACUGCAUUCUGUGUCCUGUUGAAAUAUAUUGACGGUAGUAGAGGCUUCAAUGUACUGCCAGGUGCAACAUCUGUUGACUGCUCUACUUCCCUAUUAUUAACUGAUUAA